AUGAGGCUAAAUUACGGAGCUCUUCUAGCCAGCACUUUAUUGGGAAUGAAAUAUCCAUUGGAUUUGAUACAUUAUUGUCCCGAUCCAGCGUAUUGUAGCAUUUUCUCUAUCACAUAUUCAAAAGACACAGCCUUUCCUGAUGUCGGAUUUUAUUUGUUGGAAGCUAAUAAACAGGAUUUUCAACUUCUGCAUGGCAAAUUCAGCCAACGGCUAAAUCCGCUUUGCUCCCGUUUGGGAGAUUCGCAUCUGGACGCUCAUUCUUUAUCUCCCGCCUCCACCUUCUUUCACUUCCCUCCAACUCCGCUGUCAUCCGCCGACCGAUUUUAUCUCCUGCCUGGCAGAAAAUACUCCGAGGCGAUCGACUUGGCCUUUGCCGAGCGUAGCGAUAACGAUUUGGCUGCUAUUCAGCAGGUGGUUUCCAAGCAGAAUAUCCAGCUCUAUGAGCGAGUAACUAGCCUCCGCGAACGCUUGCGUUAG